AUGUCACCGUCUCCAAUUCGUUACCGAGUACCAUGGAAAGUUAAUAAACGUUCAUCAGAGCCGGAUAGAUGGUUGGACGAAAUGGGCUUUUUCCGAAAACAUACUGCUAGGGAUUCCAGCUGUCUCUUCAGGGCUGUAUCUGAGAAUGUUUAUAAUACUCAGCGCUAUUUUCAUAAAGUUCGAAUAGACUGCGUUCAGUUCAUGUCUUCCAAAAGACACCUCUUUGAAGGGUCCUUGACUUGUUCUUUCGAAAACUAUCUAAAAGAGAUGUCUAAUCCAUCUGAAUGGGGUGGGCUUAUUGAAAUUUCUGCUAUGAGCCACUUGUAUAGACGUGAUUUUGUUAUAUUCGAAGCAAACAAGGGUCCUCAAACAAAAAUUUGCAAUGGUUAUGGCAAUACAAUUUACUUAUUUUAUUCUCCUGAUACUAAGCACUUUGAUGCAGUGUAUACUAAAGAAUUCAUUAAUACAUCAUCCUUUUGCCAGUCCCUGGUAUAUGAAAUAUUGUAUGAUGGUGUAUACAAAAUUAAAGAUCUACCUUAUGCCGUUGACAAGAUGCUACAUGAUAAAGUGCCAUCAAAUCACAUUGAAUACUUUAUGUCUGAAAAUGUAGAACGUAGAAAGAAGCAAAAGGAAAGAGCGAAAAUCUUUAUUGAGACUGUCAAUGAUGAUGAAAAAGACAAGAAUAAUAAUGCUGUUGCUUUAAAAUGUAAGCAUCAUACUGAAGAUCCAGAUAAAGGAAGUCUUGUAAAAGAAUCUUUAAGUAUAUUUGUAUUCAAUCGUAGUCUAAUUCAACUUGAAAAUGUUUGCAUUAAUUGUCUUAAUGUAAACAGUGCUAAAGACUUGCUUGAUAAUGGCAUUACACCAUUUCCAUAUAAAGUAGCAAAAGCCUUAGACCCAGAUAUUUAUCGGAACAUUGAAUUUGAUGUAUGGAGUGAUCUAAGACGAGAGUUGCGUUAUGGUGCUAGAUAUUCCGAUGGUACCACUUUGCAAGUAGGGGUUAAAUGUCUGUGCAAACUACAGUCUGACCAACCAGUACCAUACCACUGUCAUAUUCAAGAGAUGCGGCCAGAUGGCGGCCCUUGCCUUGUGUUCAUUGAAGAAUUGGGAGAAAAGCGUGUUGUUAGUUAUGAUCAGUUAGAGCCAUUGCCAGUAGAGGAAAUCCGUCCAUGGGCACCGCCAUAUAGAUUUUCGCGCACUAGUUCUCAAUUUCUGACGCUUAGCCAAAUGCUGCAGCAAAUAGGCAACAUCACUAGAAAGCAAGGUAUAAAAACUCGCAUUAAGAAGGGUGAUGAGGUAAAAAGCGCAGAGAAAAGCCCUCAGAAACAGACAUUGGACUGGAAAGAUGACAAGAUAGAACCUGAAUUGCCCCAAUAUGUUAACCAGGGCAUUGACUACUCCUCUUAUCAACAUUUGGAUUUUUUUAAUUUUGAACCAAUGCCCGUUGAAGUGGAAGCGCUACCCCUGAUGGUGGACUGCCGGGCGGCGGGUGUGGCGGGAGUUGGCGGCGUGGGGGGAGGGUCGGGGGUGGGGGGAGGUUCGGCGGGCGCGGCGCCACACGAGCUGCACCCGCACCCACACAAUGGAGCCCCGCAUGACAACCAUCACUCGCAAGCUGCUGGCAGCGGAGGAGGAGAUAUGGGUGGACAUGGUGUUACCUCCCCAGCCUCAGCGAGAGCAUCUACUCCAGCCACCACCAAUACACUAACUACUUACACUGGCGGUGUGAACCCGGCGGGUGUGGGCGUGGGCGGGUACGCGUGCGCGCCGUACGGCUGCAAGCCGCUGGUGUGGUGCGCGCCCGCGCCGCCCGCGCCGCACGCGCCGCACGCGCCGCCGCCGCCGCCGCCGGGCGUCAACCCGCACGCGCAGCGCAGCCUGCAGCCCGCCGGCACCGACCUGCCCAUGAACGAUAUUGCAACGCUGCGGUUCUACUACAACGUGGGCGUGGAGUGCGUGUGGGCCACGUACGGGCCGCCACACGCGCCGCACGCCGCACACGCGCCGCCGCGCCACUACACGCCGCGAGACCUCGCGCAGGACAUGCAGCAAAUCUCGUUACACGACCGCCCAAUGAUGAAUCAUGGCUCCGGAGAACAAAACCACAAGCACAAGCCUCCACCAAAUGACAAGCCCCAGAUCAACAACCAGGGGAAAGGCAAUGGUCAGAGACCACUUUUAGGACCUAGGUUUAAACGUGGUGGCAACAACCAGGACGGCAACCAGAAUAACAACCAUAACCAGAACAAAGGCCAUAACAACAAUAUGGGCAACAAGGGCCCAAACAACCGUCGCAACUCGCACACAGAUAGCCGCAACCCGCCGCACAUGGGCUACAACAACUCUGUGGAAGGCGAGUGCAUGAUGGAGCAGCCGCUGCUGACCAUCCCCUACAUUCCCUACCCGCCGCCCAUCUACCCCAUUCCCUACUACCCCGUCGAGUCUGAUCCUGCGAUGAUGGGUAUGAUGGGCGGCAUGGGGUACAUGGGGUACGAGGAGAGCGUGGAGUAUGGCGCAGUGCAGCACUACUACCCAGCGCACUACCCGCCCCCGCUCCCCGCGCCGCCCGCCCUGGCGCCGCCCGCCCUGGCGCCCGCCCUGGCGCCGCACCAGCAGCUGCCGCAGCUGCAGCAGCAUCAGCACCAGCCGCACCACGCCGACCACAAGUGA